AUGGAGGAUAUUAUGAGCAAUGAGGAAGAGGAGGAUGAAGAGGAUGCGGAGGAGGAUGACGCGGAUGUUGGGGAGGAUGAAAAAGAUGAGAAUGAUGGCGGGGAGGACGAAGAGGAGGAGGAGGAGGAGGAGGAGGAGGAGGAGGAGGAGGAGGAGGAGGAGGAGGAGGAGGAGGACGAUGAGGAGGAGGAUGAUGAGGAGGAGGAGGAGGAGGAGGAGGAGGAGGAGGAGGAUGAGAAGGAGGAGGAGGAGGAGGAGGAUGAGGAGGAGGAGGAGGAGGAGGAGGAGGAGGAGGAGGAGGAGGAGGAGGAGGAGGAGGAAGAGCAGGGGGGCGACGAGGAGGAGGAUGAACAGGAGGAGGAGGAGGAGGAGGAGGAGGAGGAGGAGGCAGAGGAGGAGGAGGAGGAGGAAGAGGGGGAGGAGGAGGAGGACGUGGUGGCAGUGAAGGGAUGGGGUGGGCGUGGGAGACGGCAUAGUGGUACAGGGAAGGUGGGGGGCCGGACUCGCCAUUCCCAAAAACGCGGGGCAGUUGACGCCGCGCGCGGCGUAGCAGCUGGCAGACCAAAGGCGGGUAAGGUGAAGGUCGAAAGUGAAGGGGGUGGUAAAAAGCAAGGGCGCCAGGGAGCAAAAGGGGAUGGAGGACGUAAGGGUGGCGGCGCCAAAGGGGUUCCAUUGGGUACUGGCAAGAAAGAACCUGCCGGUAAACGUCGCAGCGGCCGUCAAAGCACCCCGCGGAAAGGUGGCAACGAGAAGGCGCUGGCCCCAAAAAAACGAAGGGACAGCAUAAAGCGUGAUAGUGUGAGGGCACACGGGACUGCUGAAGAAGAUGCUGAAACCCUUGGCCAGAGGGGGGGUUCUUCACACCCUUUUCCACCGCUCAUGGGUGCCCUAGGUGAAAGUGUGGAGCACGAGCAGUUUGUUACACGGGAGGAGUUCCAGGCGCUGCGGUCUGAGAUGUACGCUAUGUUUGCACAGCUCGGCCUGCGUCGUGGAGUACCUGCCAGUUAUGCCGGGGGUUUCGCAGCCGCGCCUAUGGCUGGUACCCCGCCGCCGAUGAGUGCCGUGGACAAGGCACGAGUGCUAGUGUUGCAGGAGACAAACCCAUUCCCGGUAUGUGGCGGGCCAAAUGGGGCGGGUUGGGGCUGA